AUGAAGGCUCUGAUCUACACCGGCUCAGAAAAAUUGGAAGUUAUGUAUCGCUGGAUCGGCCAUCUAGGCGGCAUCGACGCCGUCGUACGCGUACUGCACGCGUCUAUCUGCGGCACGGGCCUUCAUGUCCUCAAAAACGACGUCCCCGAUGCACACCCCGUGCUUCUCCUCGGUCGCGAGGGAGUAGGUGUCGUCUCUUCGAUCGAUUCGGCUGUUCAGAGGUUGCAACUUGGCGAUCGAGAGCUGAUCUCCCGUAUAACAUCGUCCGAUGCGUGCCAGUACUGCCAGCGAGUUAUCUCGGCGCACUGUCGCACGGGAGGCCGGCAGUUGAGAAAGAAUAUCGAUGGAACUCAAGCCGAGUGUGUUCGAGUCCCCCAUGCAGCGCUCUCAUUGCAUCCCUCGCCUGCGUCCAUCGACCCCAAGGCUGCCGUGGCCUUGUCCGAUGCCUUAGCCACCGGACUGGAACACGGUGUUCCCAGCUCAAACGGAUUCCAUGAAGAUUACAUGUGCAGAGCUCGUUGGGGAUUUGCGAUUCUUCUCACUGCGCAACUCUCGAUGCCGUCGUCUAUCGUCAGGGUCGACCUCGGCGAGACACGUCAUGAGAUGGCCCGCAAGUUUAGCGCUCACGCUACUGUCAGCUCAUCCAACCUCGUUACUCAGCAAAGACACAUGGAUAUGACGCAAGGAGAGGGCUUUGAAUCAUUUAUCGAAGCGGUCGGCAUCCCUGCGGCUUUUGCAAUGUGCCAUCAUUUCGUCGCCGUGGGCGGCUGGAUUGCAAACGUAGGCGCACGCGGGACUAGCGUGGGCCUGCAACUAGAAUACUGUGGGAUCGAAAUAUUACCGAAAACCCCGAGUAGGAAUGGUAAGGCUGAUAUGCUAGGUAUCCACAUGUCGCUAGUGAACGUGACAAGCACGCCGCGCCUCCUACGUCUGAUGGAGUCCGGAAUGUUGAAUAUCGGCUCCAUGCGGACCCAUCGUACAUAUUUCCUAAACCUCAACCAUCUCCCGGAGCGAUGCACGAAAGCCUCUACAACGUAG